UUUUGUGUCACCACAUGGGCAACCGGAUCAGCACAUCAACGUGGUUUGUAGGGAGUUACUCGUCAGCUCAGUUGGUUUAAUUCUCGAAUUUACUUCAAAUCUUACUAAUUAACCGCGAUGACCGAAGGUGAAAAGGCGGCGGCCAGUAAGCCGGCUAAAGAACUGCUGGCUCUGAACCCAAAAGAAGAGGCUGAGUUCAAGAAAAAGGUCCUGGAGGUGAAGAAGAGACCCAAGGGAAAACAUUUGAAUCCAGGAGUGGUUUAUGUCGGCCACCUGCCUGUUGGGCUGUUUGAGACUCAGCUCAAAUCAUACUUUGAGCAGUUCGGCAAGGUCCUGAGGUUGCGGCUGGCAAGGAGUAAAAAGACAGGUGGGAGUAAAGGCUAUGCUUUUGUGGAGUUUGACUGUGAUGAAGUAGCCAAGAUUGUAGCAGAGACCAUGAACAAUUACCUCAUGGGAGAGAGAUUGAUUAAAUGUCAUGUAGUACCCCCAGAGAAGGUACACGAGAAGCUGUUCGUUGGCUCCAACAGGGUGUUCCAAAAACCCAAACAUCCUGCUGUAACACGCUACAACAGAAUUCACACGCCAGAGCAGGUCACUAAGAUGACCGAGAAGCUCCUGCGCAAAGAGUCAAAGCUCCGCAAGCGGCUCGCAGCACACGGGAUCAACUACGACUUCCCGGGAUUUGCUGCCCAGGUGCCUAAGAAGCAAAAGCCAUCCGAUGUCACCAAUGCCUCUACAUGUAGUGAUGACACCACGCCAGUUUGUACCCCAUCCGUCCUGGAGAGGAGGAAGUCCAUGGUCAUCGAUGAUGACGUGGAUGAUGAAAUUAUCAUUAAGGCACCAGCUCAAAAGACAGAAGGCACAGAGCAGGAUGAAGAGGAUUCCUCAGCGGAGGAGGAGGGAGAAGGGGAUGAGGAGGAUGACUCAGAGAGUGAGGAGCCCUCUGAAGGAGACAAGGCUACCACAGAGGAUGCAGAGGCGGAGUGAACAUCUCCACUCUUUUAUUUUGGACUUGAUGAUGGACUCUGUCAGAGCAGCAAUACAUACAUCAAGGUUAUUGAUGGACUUAAAAUUGCUUUGAGUGACAGCACAAGUUGGAACUGUGGUCAGAAGUCAGUAUAGAUGUUGAAUAUGUGGAAAUUGCACCACAAGAGCUAAUAAUUUUCAAUGAAAGUGACUCUUGGAGAAAGACUCUUUCCAAAUUGUGGGUGUUAUAGGAAUAAGUUCCACAAAUGUUGUCUGUAAUGGCAUCACAGUGGAAGGUGGUUGGCCACUAGUUGUACCUGGACUGAACUUAAUCAACGACGACAAAUUUUCAUUGCAACAAUACAGGGACUGGUAUUGAAGUAAGCCAAUGAUAUAGUGGUCCUAGUGUUGCAUAACAAUAUGUUGGCCCUGUGUAAUGGUUUAUUACUAAUACACCUGUCAAAUGCUCAGUUUUAAAUGGUCAUAUUCACAGUGAUGCUAUCAUUGAUGAUAAUAAAUGUUAUAAUCUAUUGCUGAACA